AUGAUCACAAUCCAAUAGUUAAAAUUAUCAUGGAGAUGUCAAAGUCUUAUAAGAGAACUUAACUUAGUCUGUCAAAGAUUGAACCCAUUUCUCCUUGAAUGUUAAGAAAAGAGGUAUUUAAGCAGCAAUAUAUUAAAGGCAGAUUCCAAUACCAAGCAGCAAAGACAUUGUGAAAAACACUGCCUAGCCCAUGGAAUUUUCUAUCUAGAUUAUGAGGUCAUUAACCUAUGCCGAUGUAAUUUAAGAGAGACUAUACACAAAAGUGAUAAAGAUGCCUACAAUAUGAUAAUCUAUGUUCAGAAUAUGUUUCAUCAAAUCGAUUAGAAAUAGAUGAAAACAGAGACGGAUUGGGAGUUCAGAGAUUAAAAAACAUAUCACAUCUUAAAAAAUAGUCCAUAAGUGUUCACUUUUAAUGUGGUAUGGUCCCAAUAAGACUUUGAUGUUAAAGAUCAAGAAAAAAAAUUCUCACAAGAUUUAUUGUUCUUUUAUUUGCUCCUACCAAAUAUAUUUAAUCCGUAUGAGAUCUUUAAAAAAAAGGCUAGCUAAAGAGAACUAGAAUAUUUCUUUAAGGGCUUUAUUUGUUUUUAUGGCUCACACUAUUACUGCUACUUCAGACAUUUGGUAGAUGAUAACUGGUAUCUAUUUGAUGAUAAGACUGUAAAAGUUAUUGGUUCUUGGAAAUAAGUCUUACUUUAGUGUGUAAAGGGCAGGAGUUAGCCAAUAAUACUUUAAAAUAAGGAGCAGGUAUAGAUGGCUAAAGAUAACCAUUAUAUGACUAGUCGUUAUAAUAAAGAUGACUUGCAAGAAAUAUAUGAUUUAGCAGUAAAAUAAGACGACCCUAUAGAAGAGAAUGAAGAAGACAUUAAUAAUCAACUUGAUCCUGAAAUAUAAGAGCAGUUGAGAAUAAUGGAGUAAAUGGAAAAAGAUGCCUUAGUGGCAUAAACUUUAAUAAAUAAGUUUCAAUCUUCUGGAAAAUCAAUGACAUUUGAUAAAGGUAGAACUUCAAGUAUCAGAAAAUAAAAAUCUGGUUUGAGGGGUUCAUCACCAUAAAGAAAUUCAAUACUCAUGAGUAGAGCUUCUACUUAGCGGUUAUCAAUGCUAGGUUCCUCCAUGAAAAAUAAGGAAUUACCAUUUAAUAAAUCUAACAAAGCAUAUUUUGAGCCAAUCAUUCAAGAUAAAGAGGAAGAGAAGAUCAGUGAACAAUUUGAUUAAAACAGCAAUAUUUCUUCUAAUUUAUCAUAUAGGUUUAAAUGUGGGCAUCUUUGUAAGGAAUUUAUAAGUAUAUAUGAUGAAAAAUGCUAGCACUGUAUGAAGGAUAAUAAAUACUUUGAACCAAAGCUAAUCUCUGAGUUAGAUGAGAAUGAAUGGUUCUGCUAAAGCUGCAAUGUUCUAAAUAAAAUGCCAAUCUUUAAGUGUAGAGGUUGUAGCAAGAUUUUGAAGGAAUAAUAAAAUGGGUAGACUUAGAAAAUUGAUGCAAAGUAUAAUUUUGAGAAAGAUGGAUUUAUCUGUAAUUCUUGCUAUAAAAGAUAUAAGGUUAUUUAAGAUUUAAAUGGAAUUUGUAACAAUUGCUAAAGUCAUAAAUUGAAAUCUAUCAAGCAUAUAAUGACUACUGAUUAAUCAUUGAAGUGA